AGUAUGUGUGCCGGUGCAAGUGAAAAUGUUUUUUAAAUGUAAGUCGAAAUUUGAAAUGAAAAGGAAAAAUAAUAAUAAACAAAUUUAACAUAAGCUCAAGGAGUAAAAAUGAGUAAACCGAUUUUGAUCCGUGUACAGUCGAGGCAUGGCACGAAACGUAUUAACACUUUUCCAAAUGAAAGUGUGCGUAGAUUUCUUGAAAAAAUUAGAGAAGAAUUUCAGCUUUCCGCAAAUACCUGGAAUCUUUACUUAGAUAGAGGAAAAAAUAAAAAGAUUCCUAAAAGUUCCAAGCAACCUUUAACAUCGUUGAACUUAAGACAUGGAGACAUGGUGUAUCUUGAUGAAGCUGUACCCACCAAGAGUAAUGGUGUUGAAACGCUACAUCAUGAAAUGAAUGGUAAAGAUAUUGCUAUGAAUGGCACAAUAACUUCAAGAAAUGAGAUUACAGAUUCUGUGAAAGAAGAUCCAAUUGAUAUCUUUCUCUCAAAGCAAGAUGGCUUAAUACACAGGGAUAAAGAUCCUCAAUUAUGUCAUCAUGGACCCAAAAGUAAAUGUGUUCAUUGCUUUCCACUUGAGCCAUACGACGAGACAUAUCUCAAGAACAGGGAGCCACCAAUCAAACAUUUAUCGUUUCACGCUUAUCUAAAGAAACUCACUCAAGGACAAACAAAAGGAAAAUAUGCCGUCCUUGAAAACAUCACGUGUAAGAUAAAACCCGGAUGCAAAGAACAUCCCCCAUGGCCUGAUGGGAUAUGCACGAAAUGCCAGCCUAGUGCCAUUACUUUAAAGAGACAGGAAUAUAGACAUGUCGACAACAUUAUGUUUGAAAAUCCUUUCCUGGUGGAACGAUUCUUGAACUACUGGAGGAAAACUGGAAAACAGCGGUUGGGUUAUCUCUACGGUCGUUAUGAAUACCACAAGGAUGUUCCUUUAGGAAUCCGUGCAGUUGUUGCAGCUAUAUAUGAACCACCGCAGGUUUCGGAAAGUGACAGAGUGCAAUUGUUAGACGAUCCUCAAGCGUCAAUUCUCGACGAGGUUGCAAAAAAAGUCGGUGUGGAGAAAAUUGGGUGGAUAGUCACCGAUCUUGUUGCCGAAAAUCUUCAACUUGGAACCGUCUGCCAUCUUCGUCAUAAAGACACUUAUUACGUCAGUGCCGAGGAAUGCAUCAUGGCCGCCGACUUUCAAAACAAACACCCGAACGUUUGUAAACUUUCACCAAAUAACAAGUUUGGAUCGAAGUUUGUCACUGUCAUCGUGACAGGGCAUAAAGAUAAACAAAUAUCGUUUGAUGGUUGGCAAGUGUCCAAUCAAUGUAUGGCAUUAGUUAAAGACGAUAUUCUAUUCCCGACUAAAGAUGAACCUGGCCUGGGCUACAUAAGGGAAUCAACCAGUAAACAAUAUGUCCCGGAUGUCUUUUAUAAGGACAAGGAUUCAUACGGAAAUGAGGUAACGCUCCUUGCCCGUCCUAUGCCGAUAGAAUACGUCCUUAUAGAGGUUCCUGCCGCAUUUCCAAAAGACAACCUGUACACUUUCCCCGGUGGUAACGGAGAUCCAUUUCCGCUCGCAAACCGCCAAGAACUCGGAGAGAUUCAGGAUAUCCAUUCUUUCGCCAAGUACAUAAAGUGUCAACCUCGCACUAAUUUCCUGAACGCCAUGUCUGAUUUACAUUUGCUGACUUUCAUGGCAACCAUCGAAUCAUUACCGCUUAAGCAUUCCUUGGACAUGUUAUUGGAAGCUAUAAAAACAUCAGACGAAGGUAAAGCUCUUGACUGGAGUAAGAGUGAAGAAUGGGCAAUAGUAGAAGAAUUGAUUCAAUCACAAGUAGAUGUUGGAGAGCAGUCACUUGGUGCUGUAGACACAACAAUGACAGAUGGUGGAGUUGCUCAAUGGACUUGUGAACAUUGUACAUUUAUCAAUGAAUCUGUGAACAAUAGCUGUGAAAUGUGUGGUUUGCCACGUAAUUGAUUUUCACAGAAUUUUCAAUUUUCACUGUCCAUAUGUUAAAAACAUAUUUAUAUUCUUCUAGAGUAAGUAUGCAAAAUUUCUCAAGAUGUUCUAUUAAUUUUAUUUUUAAGCAGGGCUCA